AUGGCCGACCACUUCCAUUCCUUCUCUUUCGCAUUCGCCUCCCUCAACGAGUUCGACUACAACCUCGAGCCGUCCAGGAACAACAUACUCGCACCCUACCAGCACGAGCGCCUCCUCCAUUUCCACAAGCUCAACUUCAUCCGUGACCACAACCAGCAGCAGCAGCACCACAACUUCAAGCAUAACAACGACGACAACAACCACAAGCAUACCUACUACUAUUACGACCACCACAACCACAACGCCUUCUACAACCACCAGCACCGCCACAACGGUAAGCUAUUCUAUAUCAAUUAUUCGUCUCCUUUAGACUUUCAAGCUAAGAUCCUCCACAGACCACAACGACAACCACCACCACAACAACCACCACCACCACCACCACCACUACCACCACCACGACUACAAUCAGCGCCUCCACGUGUCCGACAAUCCCAGUGGAUGCUGACUAUUGAUUUCUCACAACAGGACGUCAUAACCGACGGCAGCUUCGAAUCGGUCUCUGCCGACGCGAUACGAGUCCCGGACGCCACGAGCGGCGACUGGACCGUCUCCGGCGGCGCAGUUUUCGCUACCAAUAACGGAUCGACGUACGACACGCCUGACGGAUCUCAAUACGUCUACAUCCAAGGCACAUCGGCCGUGCCCAUCUCCUCCGUCUCCCAAACGCUCACGAACCUCAUCCCCAACGGCCUCUACACAUUCACCUACGACUACGCCGUCCCCUACGUCAACAACCCCAACCCCAACCCCAGCACCUUUUCCAACUGCCAAUUGACCCUCCGAGUCGGCGACCAGUCGUACACGGACCUCAUCGAGGUCUACGGGUCCGACUCCGGCAGCCAACAGUCGUGGGGCCAGGGCGUGCCGCUGGAGUUUGAGGCGGACUGUUCCGAGCUGCUGUUCUCGGUGGUCUGGGACUGUUCGGGCUUGAAUAGCGGGAAUGAGAUUGAUCUUGCGAUUGAUAAUAUUGGAUUUACGGGGGGGCAGUGCGUCACGGAGGAGGUAGUGCCUUAG